AUGCUCACCUCUCGUUUACUACACUCGGGAAGAGCUCUUGUUCCCUGUUUCAUUUCUCCUAUUCUCUUUGGGAACAAUCAACUUAUUACUCGAAAGCUGGUAAAUGCAUUCUCUACAAAUGCUGGAGACUGCUGUGACGAGCCCGCUUUUAAACCGACUCUUUUUAACCCAACUGAGGAACAUGCGAUGCUUCGGGAAAUGAUCCAAGAUUUUGUGAAAAAUGAAGUGGAACCUCAAGCUUUGGAGUACAACAACAAUGAAGCAUUCAAUAUGGGUUUGUUCAAAAAAAUGGGAGAAUUGGGACUUCUCGCCCCCACAGUAAGCGAGGAAUUUGGAGGUGGCGGUAUGGACGCUACGGCUUCUGUGAUUAUCCACGAAGAGCUUUCGACUUCCGAUCCUGGUUUCGGACUCGCAUACUUGGCUCACUCCAUUCUGUUCGUAAAUAACCUCUACAUCAACGCUACCGACGAGCAGCGCAGCCGCUUCCUCCCCGCAAUGUGUGCCGGAGACAAGAUCGGCGGCGUGUGCAUGACCGAGCCGGACGGCGGCACGGACGUGAUGUCGAUGCGAACCAACGCCGUAAAGAAAGGAGACACCUAUAUUCUGAACGGACGGAAGAUGUGGAUCACCAAUGGCGCCAUUAACGGAGAAUUGGGCGACGCGUUUCUGGUCUACGCGAAAACGGACGGGAAGCUGUCGAUGUUCGUGGUGGAGAAGGGAAUGCGCGGGUUCUCUCUGGGCCAGCAGAUCAAAAACAAGCUGGGAAUGCGAUCCUCCGGCACGGCGGAACUUGUCUUCGAGGAUGUGGAGGUUCCGGCGUGCAAUCGGAUCGGCGAGGAGGGCAAAGCGGCGUUGUGUAUGAUGCGCAAUCUGGAGAUGGAGCGCGUGACGCUUGCCGCGCAAUCGGUGGGGAUCGCGAAGCGGUGCAUCGAGGUCAUGAACGCGUACGGAGGCGAGCGCGUGGCGUUCGGCCAGCCGAUCAACCGGUUCGGUCAGAUCCAGAGGCUGAUCGCGGAGUCGUAUGCGGGGUAUCAGGCGGGCCGGAGCUUCUUGUACAACGUGGCGAACGGGUUGGAUCUGUUCAAGCCGGGGAAUCGGAUGGACACGGACGCGGUGAAACUGUUCUGCGGACCGAUGGGGAAGCAGGUGGCGGAUAACGCGAUUCAAGUGCUGGGCGGAUAUGGAUAUGUGGGGGAAGGCGUCGUGGAAAGGCUCUGGCGCGAUGCGAAGUUGCUGGAGAUCGGGGGAGGAACGAAUGAGGCGCAUCAGAAGAAUAUCACGAAGGAUUUGGCGCGAUCGGGGUUUAGUCUGUAUUGA